AUGGCUGACGAACAUGACACUCCUGAAGUUGCUUCAAUCAAAUCUCGUAUUGAAUCAUGGCUUGAUACAAAUAAAAAUAAACUUGAAAUAGAUUUAACUAAUGAAUCUAUUCCAUUUGAACAACAUAGUGGUAGUCUUUUUACUGGUAAUAAAAAUCAAGUGGCUAUAACUCUUGGUUUCAAUGAAGGUCUUACAAAAGAUUCAUCACUUGAGCAAUUUCGUUCAAAUUUUAAUUUUAUUGCACUUGAUCGACUUCCAGUACCUGGUCUUGAUGGAGUUCCAUCACAAUGGCAAA